AUGGAGCUGUGGAAUACAACAUAUGACGUCCCAUCCAAGCCACUCUCAUCUCUGUCUAACUGCACUGUGGACACCAGCUACCGCUUCACCUUCUAUCAAGUGUCUUACAGCAUCAUCUUCCUACUGGGGUUAGCCACCAACAGCCUGGCUCUGUGGAGACUGUUUCUAUCUCCCUGCACCAUGAACAGCACAGCCAUUUACAUGAUUAGCCUGUCAGCUGCUGACUUGUUUUUUGUAAUCUCUCUACCCCUGAGAAUCUACUACUACCACCAGAAGGCCAGAGCCUUGUCCUCCACGACAGGAGACGAGUCCAGUUGGACUCAAAGUGUGGCAUUCUGCCACCUCACUUUCACCCUCAAAUACAUCAGCCUGUAUGGGGGAAUUUUCUUCCUGGUGUGUAUUUCUGUGGACCGUUACUUCGCCGUAGUGCACCCGCUGGCAUCAACACUCCGCAGGCAGCGUGCUGCACAGCUGUUAAGUGGGGGGAUCUGGUGCCUGGUGCUGGGGCUCAGUGUGACCCUGCCUCUGCUGCGCUCUGCAGCUGCUCGCCUAAAUCAGCCCUGUCUGCUGGACCCGUCCUCACAGCGCCACCGCACGAUCAUCCUAGUAGCUCUGGGCUUAGUCCUAGGGUCAUUUCUGCUACCCACUGCAGUGCUCCUGUACAGCUACUGCAGAGUGCUGAAUGUGCUUCGCCAGCCAAGACACCGCUCCCGCAGUCAGGUCCGCAACCGUCAGCACACCCUCACAGUUAUUUACUGGGUGAUGGGGAUCUUCCUGCUGUGUUUCCUUCCCUAUCACAUUAACCUCCUGGGAUAUACUCUCACACAUGUGGGGCUUCUGCCUUAUUGUGGCUUGGCCAAAGUGACCAAGGUUGCUCACCCUGUGGUGCUAUCACUGGCAAGCUGCAACUGCUGCCUCAACCCAUUCAUCUACUAUUUCUCCAGCAGCCUGGUGCACAAGGAGGCGCCUGGUGGUGGAGGCAGUGGCAGCCAGUGA